AAUAAUAUUCUGAACCACUUUUCUGACGAGUCACAAACUAAGAGGGUAUAUAAACCAACUUAGAUACAUUUGGUGGGUCAGAGUAACCUAACGUAUGGUCAUUAGCGUCUGAAUUUCAGUAUGGAUGACGAUGAAGUCUCAAGCUGGCAUACCAAAGUCAUGCCAAAAGCCUUAGUUGUGGGCUCUAUGAUAAAAUACUGUAAGGAUAGACUGAAGGCGCGAGAGGAAAUCAAUGAUUUUAUCAGCGAAAUGAAAGAAGACUUGCAGAAGACGUCCAAGGAUCUCUCCGAGGAGAAGCCUGAUGCACGAGAAUGGUAUAUCCGGAAGAAGUCAUGCGCAAGCUUCCUGUAUAUAAACCACAGAGACGUGGAGCAUUUGAACCAGAUCAGUGAAGAGGAGCCCAUAGCCUGCUCCGCCUGUAAGAUGGAGUUCCGGGAGGUAGAGACGGAGUACCCCUGCCGCGUGUGUGACAGUGUGUUCCACAAGGACUGCGUGCUGGAAAUGAAGGACAUCCAUCCGUCACAUAUCGAGGCUGUGGAGAAAGCCAACACAAGCGUCGGAUGGAGCUGCCCAGCUUGUGACGACUUAGGCUUGCUAUUAACAGAAGAAGAACUGCAGGACAUUAUCGACACAUUUGAAGAGGAAAUCAAACCUAAAGACGGUCAAAUAUCACCAGGCGAAUUCAAAAACUUCAAGAAAAAGCAAUUGGGCCAACAAUUGUCUGAGGAGGACCACGAACACUUGGAUCUAGAGUUCCGAUUGGCUGACAGGGAUGGAAACGGGAUCAUUGAUUGGUGGGAGUUUCUAAACUACCAAGCGAAAGUGAAACUCGCCAUGCGGGAUCAGAGGGAGCUCGUAGAUAUGCUGACAGAGAAGGAGGUGCGGGUGGCCAAGCUCGCCUUUGCCCACAUGGACGUCAACAAGGACGGUAAGGUGACGGAGCUAGAGGCCAAGAAGGCGUUCAGUGACUACUUCGGCCAAGUGAAUAUGAACGACAGAAGAAGAUGCAGUGUAAUUGAGUCUUAUGCGCGCCAUGCUACAGCUCGCGCCAUGGCCCUCGACAUUAAAGACGCGGGUGCUGUAACCUGGCCAGAGUUUUUGAACGGACAAGCCAAGUUCAUUAUUGGAGUCCGUCCAAACCCUACUCAGUGAGGGGGGGGAUUACCAUCAGAGGGAGGAACCGGAGAUAUUUA